AUGUCUGACGCCGCUGAGACUAAGCCCGACCCCACCACCAGCGCUCCUGAGGAGACGACAAAGAAGGCGGAGGAGACCACCACUGCCACUGAAACUUCCAAGGUGGAGGAAGUUAAGGCCUCUGCCGAGUCUGCCGCUGAGUCUGCUACUGAAACCGUGAAGGAUGCGACUGCCAAGACGUCUGACAGCGUCUUCGCCAUGUUCGGUGGCGGCCCCAAGAAGGAGAAGAAGGAGGAUGAGGAGGAGGUAAAUGAGCGCUCUGGUUCUUCCAAGGCCCAGAAGGGUGAAGAUGAAGAAGAGGCUCCCGAGUCCCCUGAGGUUCACUUCGAGCCCGUCAUCCGCCUUACGGAGACUGUUGAGACCAAGACCAACGAAGAGCUCGAAGAGCAGACCUUCAAGAUGCGCGCCAAGCUCUUCAGAUUCGACCGUGAUAGCAAGGAGUGGAAGGAGCGUGGCACUGGUGAUGUUAGACUGCUGAGGCACAAGGAGAACGGCAAGAGCCGUCUGGUGAUGCGCAGAGACAAGACCCUGAAGGUCUGCGCCAACCACUACAUUGUCCCCGACAUGAAGCUCAGCCCCAACGUUGGUAGCGACCGCAGUUGGGUUUGGAACGCUGCUGCAGACGUCAGUGAGGGUGAGCCUGAGCCUUGCACUCUGGCCAUUCGGUUUGCCAACAGUGAGAAUGCCAACCUCUUCAAGGACGCUUUCGAGUCGGCUCGUGAGGAGAACGCGAAGCUUCUCAAGCAGUAG